CCUGUCCCCUCUCUCUCUCUCUCCUCCUCCUUCCUUCCUCCAUUAAUCUCUGCUCUGCUUUCUCUCACAUCUCCCACUCUGCACCUCUUUUUCCCCCUUUCCUCUCUUCAUCUCUCCAUUCCGCGUGUCCUUCACUUCCCCUCCGCCUUAACGCAACCUCACCAAAUCUCCACCCCUUCUUCUUCUUCUUCUUCCCCAACCCUCUCUUCCAUUCCAUUCCCAAACCCCAAAUCUCCACACUCUGAACUCCCCUUCUCAAUUCCGAGCACCAUGGGAGGAACUCCCAUCUAUGGUGUCUCUUCUCUCCUCUCCUUCUUCCUCCUCUUCAUUACUUCCACCGUCGCAUUGCCCACUCCUUCUCCCCCCAAACCCCACCACCGCCACCACCACUCCCAACCCUCCAUUCCCCCCAAUUCCACCACCGCCGCCGCCGGCAGCCAAAUCAACUCCAACUCCGUCCUCGUCGCCCUCCUCGACUCCCACUACACCGAGCUCGCCGAGCUCGUCGAGAAAGCCCUCCUCCUCCACACCCUCGAGCAGGCCGUCGGCAACCACAACCUGACCAUCUUCGCACCCCGCAAUGAAGCUCUGGAGCGCCGCCUCGACCCCGAGUUCAAGCGCUUCCUCCUCGAGCCUCGCAACCUCCACUCCCUCCAGACCCUAAUCAUGGCCCACAUUCUCCCCUCCCGGGUCGGAUCCCCCGACUGGCCCCAACCCACCGACCCAUCUCCCCGCCACCGACACCGCACCCUCUCCUCCCACCACCACCUCCACCUCUCCACCAAGCCCACCGGCCAGAAGACCGUCGACUCCGCCGAAAUCGUCCGGCCCGACGACGUCACCCGACCCGACGGAGUCAUCCACGGAAUCGAGCGCCUCCUCGUCCCUCAAUCCGUCCAGGAGGACUUCAAUCGCCGUCGGAAUCUCAGAUCCAUCUCCGCCGUCAUCCCAGAGGGAGCUCCCGAGGUAGAUCCCAGAACCCACCGAUUGAAAAAACCCGCGGCGGCGGCAGCAGUACCCGUCGGAGCCCCGCCGGUCCUCCCAAUUUACGACGCUCUGGCUCCGGGUCCUUCUCUCGCUCCGGCUCCCGCCCCGGGACCCGGAGGCCCGCACCACCACUUCGACGGGCACAGCCAGGUCAAGGACUUCAUCCACACUCUCUUGCAUUACGGCGGGUACAACGAAAUGGCCGAUAUCCUCGUCAAUUUGACCUCCCUCGCCACGGAGAUGGGCCGGCUGGUCUCCGAAGGCUAUGUGCUGACUGUCUUGGCGCCGAACGACGAGGCGAUGGCGAAGCUGACGACGGACCAGCUGAGCGAACCGGGUGCGCCGGAGCAGAUUAUUUAUUACCAUAUCAUCCCCGAGUAUCAGACCGAAGAGAGCAUGUACAAUGCGGUGAGGAGAUUUGGGAAAGUGAAGUACGAUACGCUGCGGCUGCCUCACAAGGUCACUGCGCAGGAGGCGGACGGGUCGGUGAAAUUCGGGUCGGGUGAUGUGUCGGCGUACCUGUUCGACCCGGAUAUCUACACCGACGGCAGGAUUUCGGUUCAGGGGAUCGACGGGAUCCUGUUCCCGGAGACGGAAGCGGCGGAGCCGCUGAGGAAGCCGGCGAGCCCCGUCAAAGUCGUGACCAAGGCCAGGAGAGGUGGAAAUUGAUGGAGGUGGCCUGCAGAGUGAUCGGCUCUUAUUUCGCCGCUUCUUCCUGUCAAUGAACAUACAGCAAACUCUUCUUUCCCUUUUCCCCCAUUUAUUUUCUCUCUUCAAAAAGAAAAAAAAAACAAAAUACAAGUGGGGGAGCCAUUGGAUGAAAAAAUAGAGAAACUGGUAGAAAGAAAGACUUUUGUGUAGAAGAAGAAGAAGGGAAACAUGAUGGUAAUAAUAAACAAGGGGAAGGGCUCAUGUUGAAGGCCUUUUUUUACCCCUGAUGAGAUUAUAUAUAUAUAUUACUAUUACUAUUAUGUGAAAGCGAGCAUAGAGGGUUUUGAGUGGUGCUUGUAUUUUGUCUGUCCAAAAAAAAAAAAAAGUUACUGUAAUUACAUACUUGGUCGUGUCAUUUUUUCAAUUAAUUCUUUCUUCUUUCUCAGUUUGGAAAAUUCUUACUCUUUUGUGUAUUCUCUUCUAUUCAUCGACCCAUCCAGCAGUUUCACUUUGGUUACGACUUUUACUGUAUGUAUCGGUAAAAAAGCGCCGGUUUACACCAGAAUUUCCCCCGUCGUCCCUCGUCUUCCUUUCUCUUCGCGGUCUCUGGUUCACCAAUUAGUUUAAUUGGUUCUGUCACUGUUCGGUCAAUCACGGGUUUGUGCUGGCUUUUUAUUUUUAUUUUAUGUUUUCAUUGCAGACCAGACCACACAUACAUUAUUAAUUCAACUAUUAUUCAUUUC